AUGCCAUUACGAGUGAUACAAGAUGAAGUCAAGAGGAAAUGGAAUGUUGAAGUAAGUAGGACUCAAAUGUAUAGAGGUAGGAAGAAGGCAGGGAAGAGGUUGUGCGGUUGUUUGGCCAUGAAGAAAGGGUUCUUGGAAGGUUGUAGGCCUGUCAUAGGCCUAGACGGGUGCUUUUUGAAAGGACCCUACAAGGGAAUAUUAUUGGCUGCAUUUGGUCGAGACGCCAACAAUAACAUGUACCCGAUUGUAAUUCCUGUUGUAGAAUCUGAGACAAAAGAUAGUUGGACCUGGUUCCUGGAGUGCCUAGUUUCAGAUCUUGGUUCACAUGAGAGAAUGAUGCAUGGUCUUAUUCCAAUUUUUGAUACUGUUAUUCCAAUGGAGGAUCACCGAAUAUGUGUACGGCAUUUAUAUGCCAACUUUCGAGAUAAUGGGUUUUGGAGGGUAGCCCUGAACGAAUUGUUGUGGAAGGCAGCAUCGUCUUAUACUGAGGUCGACUUCAAAAUACAUGUGGAAGAAAUUAAGAGAAUCAGUCAUGAUGCCCUUGACUACCUAGACAAGGUUGAUCCCAGCAGAUGGUCACGAGCAUGGUUCAACAAAUCUCCCAAAUGUGACCUCCUUGUUAACAAUAUCUCCGAAUGCUUCAAUUCAUAUAUCUUGAAGGCUCAUGACAAGCCUAUUCUAACAAUGCUUAAGAUGAUUAGGAAGCAGCUCAUGAGAAGGUACCAACUGAAAAGUGAUGGCAUCAGCAAAUUGAAAGGUAAGCUGUGCCCUAGAAUUGUUGAAAAGCUUGAGUCUGUUUGUGAAGCGGCAUCAGACUACCUUUCCAGUUAUUCUGGCGAUUGUAUGUUUGAAGUGGAGCAAGGAAGUAGGCAAUAUGUUGUUGAUAUCCGGAAUAGGAAAUGUGGCUGCAAGAGGUGGCAGAUGACUAGGAUCCCAUGUGCACAUGCAUAUUCUGCCAUAACCUUUCAUGGACAUCGCCUGAAGGAUUAUGUGGAUCCAUGUUAUAGCAUUGAGACGUACAAAAAGGCCUAUGCUCCACUCAUAUAUCCAAUUCCUAGUGAGGAACAGUGGAUAUGA